CAGGCUCCCGAUACAGUAUGUUGAACGUCAGGAUUACUAUGUUAUAGCGUGUAUUAUCCUCGUGAUAUCGUUCAUCAGUAGUAAGAUUGACAAAUGUAGUUGUGAUUAGUUGAUCCUUCUUUCAUCCCUCGUUAGGUGGGCGAUAGAAAUCCGAUUUUCGGAGCGGGACUGCUAGGUGAUCGGGUGAUUAAGCAUCGAUUUAUGCCUUCUUCCCGUAUAGCACAGUAUAGAUUUUCAUUUUUUUCAGUGCUCUGAUGUCAACUUUUUAGUCUUGUUUCCUUUUUCUCCGUCCAUGAUACGAAAAAGAAUGUCUCAGAAUUAGGGGCGUCGUGCUGCUUCCCUCAUGUUCUGUGUCGACACUGAGUAGUGCUGAGUGCGUGGUCAGCAUCAUCAUAGCGAAUUUGGAUUUCCGUUCUUCAUCCGGAUCCGUUCCACACAUCACACCAGCAACGCCAGCGUGGAGGAAUCUCAGCAUCCUCUUUUCUUCCAAUCCAGUAGUCUUUCACUUGGACACCUUCGUUCCUGUUUUUGGUCGAUUGCGCGCAGCUUGAGUUGUCAUUAUUCAGUUUCUGAGUUUGCAAACCCGCCAUGCGAAAAAAAACGUGAUCAUGUUGAGAUCCACGGAACGAUCUUGGUCGAUCCACGCACACUGUAGAAGUGUUUACUAACUCAUCUACCCACAGUCGCAUCCACUUCCACGAUCGUCCUACUGCUCCAGCGGCCUCCCACCGUUUUCCGAGACUGCUCUCAAAGAUGGUGGUUUUUGAAAUCACUGCGUUAAACGCGGCGAAGCCUAUUGUCAUAGCAGGAGUCGGAACUUUACUCCUAGAGCGUAGCGGGUUCGAUCUCUCCCAGUUGCCCCUCGUCGGAGGAUUCAUCGGCGACUCCACUGGAGACGGAGAUGAAGAAGCGGUACUAUAUAAUUUUCUUUAUCUUCACUUACCACGAUUACUUAGGAUCAUUAGCAGGAUUAAGAUUAUGAAUUGAUGAAAACGACGAUGAAGAUUAUAUUUAUAAAAUAGAUAGCGCCGAGAACCUUGUAGAUGUCGGAUUGAUAGUCCUGUCUCUGAAACUUGAUGCAUCAAGAAUACAACAAGCUAAUUCCAAGAACAACCCUGAGAACAAUUUUCGGGAAGGAAAUAAGUCAUGUCCAGCAUCUGAGACUAUCUAUUGAGUUCUCAUGCAUCUACAUUGAUUUGACAAUACCCUUGCAGCCGCUGACAGCUCGUUAUUUUUGCUGCUUUGGGAGACGAAGAAAAACGAAAAUAAAGGAUGACGAAGAACCAGUAAGCGGAAUAUCAAAUUGCGUUCCGACAGCCCUGCGAGCACUAACCGCAAUAGACAUGUACCAUGCAUUCAUUGAAAUUAUUUGAUUCGCUAUUUCUAUGUUGAUAUUUUGAGAACAUCCUAGUUCACCCAAUGUUUUGAAAACAUUUUCUAAUGUUUUUAAUCUUCAUCAGAACAUAACACCACUUACAAUGAUUUGCAAGGCUGUAGUACUAGUUCUAGUAUUAAGAUUUAUUCUUCUACUAUCGAUGCUUUGACCUCGUUUCAAUCGUGAGCAAUGGUCAUUAUCGGUACCCAUACUACAGAAUAAUGGGAGGCAUAUUGCUUGAGAGUAUGUAUUUGCCGAUUGACCAGCCCCUGAGAAAGUGGCUUGCUGGUGCGCUGACAUUAGGACUACCAACUUCUUUUCUCAUUUCAAACGUGGCGGAGAAAGUUGGUUUCCGCCAAGCUUUUAUCGUCGAAAGCAUCGCAACCGUGGUUUCAUCAGGUACCUUCCUAUCUUUUGUUCAUUACGCAUCAAUGAAAGUGGUCAUCUAGUACGAUGCAUGCUCAUUAUCUAAGUACAACGAAGGAAUGUAUGAGAUCAUUUUCUUCUCGUGUAUACACACAUUGAUUGAGUUGGAUUUCAUCUCCAAUUUGCAACCUGCAGCGUGGUUGAGCUACGGCAUGAUGAUCGUGUCGAAAUCGACGGCCUACAAAUCCGCGCCUCUGCUAUUUUGGACGGUCUACAUAGCCUGCGUCACUACGUGGUCCGUAAUUGGCACAUCUAUGCUGGGUCUCAUUCUUACCACGGUUGUGGCGAUCUUGUUCGGCAAAAAGCGGGCCCUCAAUUAG